ACUCAGGGCGGGGCUGCUGUCAAGCUCAACCAUGCUACUCCUGCAUGAAGCUUGGCACCCUUGACGUACUGAUGCGUGUGCGCCUUGUGGGCCCACCAAUUGCGUACCAGCAGCGGCCUGUGGCUGGUGUCUCCCUUGCCCCGUAUGCUGAGUUUGAUGCAACGCUGCUGGGGCCUGCAGUUCAGAAGUUCGCUGCAAAGCUUGGCCGCGUGCCCCAGCGCAGCAGCCACAACGCCCGCCCGUCCCGUGUGAAGCAUCGUGUGUGUGAGAUUGAUGUCAAGGCACUUCUGAAGGAGGCUGAGGAGGAGGCCGUUCAGAAUGUGGAUGUCUCGUGCUAAUAAUUUGGCAUACGAACGUUUGAAUUCUUUGAAAGCGGUCCAUCUAGCAAAUACAUACCCGAUACGAUUGUGUAUGAUUGAAACGUUGAAAGAAGGGACGAUAGUGUAUUGGGGAUUCGAUGCACGAGGGUGUGUGCCGACGUGUGAAGAUGACUAAACUGGAAGCGGUUAGGCCGCGAUGGCGCUCUGCCUGUGUGUAUGUGCGGUAGAACUGUGACUGGUCAUGGCUUUGGCCCCGGCACUUCGGUGACAGCAAGCAGUUAGCAGGUAUAGCAUGUACGCCGCGCAGGCAAGCGAAGGCUCAGAGUUGCUUGGGGAAACGCGCUGCGACAUGCCUGUGCAUAUGAUCGCAUUUGGACUUGUUCAUUAGUGUUGCACUGCGUGAAACAGAUACAAAAGCCGCCGUUUACAGUUGCGAAAAAGCGAAAUUGCAACAUGUCAAGAUGUCUAGACAUUUUACAUGGCUUCCACAAAGGCACUUUGUCUAGACAAAAAAAUCGUGGAUUUGGGGGCCUGUUUGUCUACCCCCUUGACAAAAAUUUCCGCUCC